CAGCAAUGCAUGAAAAUGCAGUCACAGCCUCUCCUCUCAUUGGAAGCAUGGCCCCCCUUUAAGCCAAGUGUUGGGUCCCAUUCUCAACCAUGGUUAACUAACCUUGGUUAAACUAACCCAACCCCCUCCCUCUUAUACACCAUACUUCAGUCUAUAUAACCCCCUCCCUCCCUUCCUCUUUCUUUCUCCUAACUCCCCUUUUCAACAUUUGAAAAAAGGCCCACCAUCCCUUAAAUGCAAACUCACAUACAAAAAACCCCACCUUUUCUUCCCACCCAAAUGAAGAACUAUUCUCCUUCAUCUUCAUCUUCUCUCUCCUCAUCUUCCUCAUAUUCUUCUCCAUCUCCUUCCAACUCAGCAAAACCCAAGGCCAAACGCAUUAGGAGGAAUCUCAAUCCUGAGAAACGACAUUCCGGCAGUAGCCCAGGAAGGAGGAGCUCUAUAUAUAGAGGUGUUACUAGGCAUAGAUGGACAGGAAGGUAUGAGGCCCACCUUUGGGACAAGAACAGUUGGAAUCCCAUUCAAAACAAGAAAGGAAAACAAGUGUAUUUGGGAGCUUAUGAUGAUGAAGAGGCUGCUGCCCAUACAUAUGAUCUUGCUGCCCUUAAAUACUGGGGCCCUGAUACCAUUUUGAAUUUUCCGCUGAGUACAUAUGCAAAGGAGUAUGAUGAGAUGCAAAACGUCUCUAAGGAAGAGUAUUUAGCAACUCUAAGGAGGAGGAGUAGUGGAUUUUCUAGAGGAGUAUCGAAAUACCGUGGGGUGGCAAGGCAUCAUCACAAUGGACGGUGGGAAGCAAGGAUCGGUCGUGUUUUCGGGAAUAAAUAUCUCUACUUGGGAACUUACAGCACUCAAGAAGAAGCAGCUGCAGCAUAUGACAUUGCUGCCAUUGAAUAUAGAGGACUGAAUGCAGUGACUAAUUUCGAUAUCAGUCAUUACAUUAGGUUCCCACCACAAGAAAUAGCACAUCAGUCCCCUUGUGAGGGAUCUGUUGACAUAGGCCCACCUCAGAUUCUCCUCCCAGACAAUCCUCACACCAUCGAUCACACAACAGCAGUGGACCCACUUGGAGAACAGCCCUGGAACCUUUGCAUGGACCCCAACUUCAACAUGUUACCGGUCUCCAACUCCGGCCUCGACAAAUCCAACGAGCUGCAUGACUUGAUCAAUGGUGCUGAUUUUGAAGACAACAUAGAGUUCUUCUUUGAAGGGUCUGAAGGUGGUGCUGGUGGUGGUGUGGGGCCCACCAACACAAACAACAACAACAACAAUAACAACACCCAAAUGGGUGGUCCAAGUGGGGUGGGGAAAGUGGAUGGCAUUUUUGAUAAUACAGCAGCAUUCGGGGGCGAUUUCUUGAGUGGGAUUGAGCAAGGUGGGGAGUGUGGGUUAAUGGAGGAGGUGAUGUCUUCUGUGGGGUCCAUAUCAUACCCUUUUGAGAUCAGUAUAUGUUCUUAAGAUAUGUGGUGGAUGUGGGGGGUUUUGACUUUGGUUGGGAUUGGUGGGGUUUGUUUGAGUUUGCUGUUGUUGUUGGGAUUUUGACUUUCUUUUUUCUUUUUUCUUUUU